UAAAUCAUUUCUACUUACAGUGCAAUUGUUAUUCUUGCAAUCUGUCUUGUCUUGUGUCAACAAUCAUGGAUUUAUGGGAAAAGGGUUGGUUUACUGAAGUGUCUGAAUUAUGGCCAAAUCAACGAGCAUCAUUUAAAGUGGAAAAAAUUUUGGCUCACGAAAAAUCGAAAUAUCAGGAUAUACUUAUUUUUAAAACUGUAAGCCAUGGACGAAUGUUAGCCUUAGAUGGAAUUAUUCAAUGCUGUGAAUUUGACGAGUUUUCUUACCAAGAAAUGGUUUCAUUUUUACCAUUAAAUUGUCAUUUUUCACCCAAACGUGUUUUAAUUGUUGGCGGUGGCGACGGAGGUGUCGCUCGUGAAGUUUCUAAACACCCCUUGGUACAAACAAUUGAACAGUGUGAGAUAGAUGGCCGUGUUGUCGAAUUAUGUAAGGAGCAUAUGCCAUUCAUGGGCGUUGGAUUCAGCUCGCCAAAAUUGGCACUGCAUAUUGAAGAUGGGAUUAAGUACAUUGAGAACCAUAAAAACGAAUUUGAUGUGAUUAUCACGGAUUCAUCAGAUCCAGUUGGUCCAGCUGUUUGUUUAUACACAGACGAUUAUUUUGCCAAAUUAAAAGCAGCACUUAAACCAAAAGGCAUUAUUUGUUCACAGGGUGGAAAUGCGUUCAAUUAUUCGCAGGAAAUUCGUGAGUUAAUCCAAGUUGCCAAACGUACAUUUUCCAAUGUAGCAUAUUCAACCACAAAUGUUCCAACUUAUCCAAGCGGUCAACUUGGAUUCUUGUUGGCUACAAAUGAUAAUACCGUAAAUUUCGAGAAACCAUUAACUGUAUUCAAUGACAAGCAACGUGAAGAAAUGAAAUUGAGAUAUUACGAUCAAAAUGUGCAUAAUGCAUCAUUCCAAUUACCUUUGUUCGUUAAGAAAACUUUAAAUUUGUAAAAAAAUUUUAUUAAA